UUAUGAGUGUAUAAGAUUUAGAGACUUAAAGUCACCAUCUUACAAAAACAUUUGAUCAAGAUUGAGCUGCUAAUUGAAUGUCAUCUUCCUUCCUCUAUGAUUGUUAAUUUAGAUUAGUGGUAUUAAUGGUUUUGAUGAUAUUUUCAUUUAUCUAUGACAAGUUGAAAAAUUUUAUAGCCUCAGACGCUGCAGUUAUUUUACAAAGAAAACGUAAAACAAUUACCUCUUUAAUUAUCAUGGAUUUUCAGUCCUGUUGAGUACUGUUUUCUUGUAGUUGUAACAGUGUUUGUUCUUGAACAUGGGAAUAUUGUAGAAAUUCUUAUUCUCGUUUUAGGAGUGUCAAUUAUCUAACAUGAAGCUUAGAUCAAUCUUUGCAGAUAUCCAAGUAGAGAAAAUUAGAUGGUCUUGUGAAGUUUGUAGAAUCAUAUUGUAUGUCACUAUGAAAUUUGUUAAUUGUUCAUUAAUAUGUCGAGCUUUUUAGUCAUACUUCUAAAAUUUUCUUCUAUCUUCAUUUUCAACACCUAUGCUUUUGUGUGGAUGGCUUAUAAUAAUUUCUUACAGAUGAACAUUCUAUUAUAACUAUAUCUCAUCUAACCAAAUUUUGACAUGGCUUCAUUUCCAUCCGACACUAAACUUUCUUUCUUCCAAUAUGUAUUUAUUAUACAGCAAUUUGAACCUCUCACUGACUGAUGUAGGCUCUUGUUAUAUUUGUGCAAAUAUGGUGUGAUGUUCAUUAAGAAAGCUAAGUGAAGAAUUCUAUUACCGAAUGAGGUACAAAAGUGUAAAAGAAAAUCACUGCAACUAACCUAAAGCAGUAGCACAGUGCUGAAAAAUCUGGUAGAUAGGAGGAAGAACGUAAAGUCGUUGAUUAAGAAUGAAAAAAAGAAGAAUGAAAAAGCUGAUCCUACAAGGGUUCAGCAACUGGAUAUUCAGCAGCAAGCACUUAAGCUUACUGCUAACAGUAUGUAUGGGUGCCUGGGAUUUUCCAAUUCAAGAUUUUAUGCUAAGCCGUUGGCUGAGCUUAUUACUUUACAAGGAAGGGAGAUACUGCAGAGUACUGUUGAUUUAGUUCAGAAUGCCUUGAAUUUAGAGGUGAUCUAUGGCGACACCGAUUCAAUAAUGAUUUACAGUGGGCUGGAUGAUAUUGAGGAAGCUAAUAAAAUUGCUGCAAAAGUUAUUCAAGAGGUCAAUAAGAAAUAUAAAUGUUUGGAAAUUGAUCUUGAUGGUUUAUAUAAAAGAAUGCUGCUUCUCAAGAAAAAGAAGUAUGCAGCAUUGAAGUUGCUGUUUAAAGAUGGCACCCCAUAUGAGGUGAUUGAACGUAAAGGUCUUGACAUUGUUCGUCGUGACUGGAGCUUAUUAGCUAAAGAAUUAGGAGAUUAUUGCUUGACUCAAAUUUUGUCUGGAGGAUCAUGUGAAGAUGUAGUGGAGUCAAUCCACAACUCGCUCAUGAAGGUACAAGAAGAAAUGAGGAACGGACAAGUACCAUUAGAGAAAUAUGUCACUACGAAGACAUUGACUAAACCCCCUGAAGCUUAUCCUGAUGCCAAGAACCAGCCACAUGUUCUUGUGACACAAAGACUGAAGCAACAAGGUUACUCUUCUGGCUGUUCUGUUGGUGAUACAAUCCCGUAUAUAAUUUGUUAUGAACAGGGUGGCAGUUCAGGCAGUGCUGGUGGCAUUGCUCAACGUGCUAGACAUCCUGAAGAACUUAAAGGGGAACAAGGGACAUGGCUGAUUGACAUUGAUUACUAUUUAUCACAACAGAUCCAUCCCGUAGUAUCACGCCUUUGUGCAUCAAUUCAGGGAACAAGCCCAGAAAGACUGGCUGAUUGCUCAGGGCUUGACUCCUCAAAGUUUCAUCAUAAAUCAUGUGAAGCUUUUAAUGAUGAUUCUAGCAGUUUACUCUUGUCUGCUGCUAACGACGAGGAGAGGUAUCGAGGAUGUGAGCCAUUGGUCUUGUCAUGCCCCAGCUGCUCUGGUACAUUUGACUGCCCACCCGUCUCUAAAUAUAUUUGCUGCUUGUUGGAAAGUGGAAUGACAACCAGCGUAUCCACCGAGGAAUCUGACUUCAAUUUCUGGCGUAAGCUGUGUUGUCCUAAAUGCUCCGAAGAUAUCAAAAUUUCUCCAGCGAUGAUAGCGAAUCAGGUCAAAAGGCAAGCAGAGAUGUUUGUUUUGAUGUACUAUAAAGGUUUACUAACGUGUGAUGAUGAAACGUGUAAGCAUACAACGCGAAGUAUCAGCCUUUGGUUGGUUGGUGAUUCCGAGAGAGGAACUGUUUGUCCAAAUUAUCCUCGUUGCAAUGGUCGUCUGCUUAGAAAGUACACUGAAGCAGACUUGUACAAGCAGCUCUCGUAUUUUUGCCACGUGUUUGACACUGUUUCUUGUAUAGAAAAGAUGGAGGCCAAAUCUAGAAUAACUAUAGAGAAAGAGGUGAUAAAAAUUAGGCCGAUGAUUGAUCCGGCUGCUUCAACAGCGCAGAAGAUCAGGGACCAUUGUGCCUUUGGUUGGGUGAGACUGGAGGAUCUGGUCGUAUCAGUUUAAUCUGGAGGUUUGGUGUCCCCCCGAAGCAAGGGGUUUCUUAGCAGAGUGAUGAAGAAUUAUAAAUAGAUUAUCAAGCGUGAUUGAGCAAAUCAUGUACUUGAUUGUGUAGCUGUAGAUGUUCAUAGAACAAUUUCACAUGUUCUGUAAAUAUGUUUACGUUUAUCUUUAUUAUUUUCAAAGCUCCUCAAUGGAUUACAGUGUGCCUAAUGUAAUUUUACAA